UCUGUAUAUUGAUAAUACUCUAAGGUAACGAAUAUCGACGUCUACUGCUGAACUGAAACUUAAUUAAAAAGGAAAAAUGCUUACCCAGCGCCUUGUUAAAAGUGCACCAAAAGUUAUUAAACGUAACAUUGGGAUUCUUGCACCAGCAUUCAAAGAAGCAACAGAUCCCAUACAAAAAUUGUUCCUUGAUAAAAUCCGUGAAUACAAAUCAAAAAGCUCUGGUGGAAAAUUAGUUGAUCCUACUCCUGAAAUUGAAAAAGAAAGGCAUUCUGAGCUUGACAGAAUUAUGAAACAAUAUGAGUUGAAGGGUGAUGUAACAGAAUUCCCAAAAUUCUCGUUUAAAGAUCAAGAAGUGGAAAAAUAAAUACAGUAAUGUAAUUCUAUAUAAAUACACAUAGAAUUGGAAAAUUUAUAUCAAAACUGUUAGAUUUAAUGCUAAGUAACCAAUUGUAAAAAUAUA